UUAACACAAAUUUAGAACGACAGCGGUUUGUUUUACAUCCAUCUGCAGUUUCAACGGUUGUGAUUAUCAACCCAGGAAUAAAAAUCUACGGUUGUGAUUCAGAAUGUUGCAAAUAGAUUGACCUUGCUGAAAGACUAAUAUACCCCUAAUUACAUUAAAAUUUUCGCCCCACCCGUCUUUCUCCUUGCUAUCAACGAGGCACGACUUGGUUUUACAAUGGCACUACACUGGUUGGAAGUUGGAAGUCCCAGAUGCUUUCCACAAAAUUCAAUCAAGCAACUUGCAACUGCUAUACUAAGCUUCCCUUUUUUUCUCUUCCUCUCCUUUCUUUCGUUUUAUUUUUUGGUGUACAGUUCCUUUCACCUCAAAAUAUAUAUCAGGCAAUUAAUACUGAAAAAACACAAUAACUUACCCAUUUUGUGGGUCCAAUAUGGGUUUUCCCCUUGUGCUUUCAUGGGGUUCUCAUAUUAUGGCCAGGAGUUUUUGUGACUAUAGUAUAAAGCUCCGAUCUUUUAAUGAAAAUGAAAGGUUUGGUGGUGUUAAAGUUAGAUCUUCAAACUUUAAGCCUUCCACAAGAAGAAUUUCGCUUUGUAAGAAUAAAUUGGUUGACUUUGAUGAGAGAACAAGCCCAAAUGAGGUCAGAAGAGAGAUAGAACGAUGCUAUAAUCUCAUACAAAGGCUUGGAAGGGGAGUUGUCUAUCUGGGUUCUUCAAGAAUGGGACCAGAUCAUCCACAUUACUUGCAAGUGCUGGAGUUGGGUAGAGAGGUUGCAAAGCUUUUGGACUGCACCUCAUGGACAGGGGCUGGUCCAGGCCUAAUGGAUGCUGCUAUUAAAGGUGCACUAGAAGCAGGAAAGCCUGUUGGUGGAUUUAAGAUAGCAAAAGAAGCUGGCGAAUGGACAGCCUCAAAUUUUCAUGCUUACCUGCCAUCAGAAACUUAUCUUACAUGCAGGUUUUUCUCUGCAAGAAAGCAUGGGCUGGUGGAUGCUGCAGUUAGGAAUAAUAGUUCUGAUAAGACUGCUGUAGUUGCUCUCCCUGGUGGAAUUGGUACUCUCGAUGAGAUGUUUGAGAUUUUAGCACUGAUUCAACUAGAAAGGAUAGGAUCAGAGCUUCCAGUCCCCUUUAUUGUGAUGAACUAUGACUCAUUCUACCAGAAGCUUUUAGACUUCAUUCAAAAUUGUGAGGAUUGGGGUACUGUCUCGAGAGGAGAAGUUGCAUCAUUAUGGAAGGUAUGCAAUAAUAACUCAGAUGCUUUGGCCUAUUUGACAGAUUUCUACAAUAUUCAUUCUUCUAGUGAUGAAGACAGGCAUGAUAAAAAGCUCACAACUGCUCCCUGAAAAUAGUUUCUUAAUAAGUUAAGAGAGUAAUUUUUAUGCCAUUGAAUGUAUAAAACAGUGAAAUUGAACGGAUAAAUGUUGUACGCGAUGAUUUAUUAUCAUGGAAUUCAGAAAUUAAUGCACAUCUUACCAGAAUUGAAGGUUUGGAUUUA